AUGACGAUCUCUGCGGUAAGACUGGUAGUGCUGGUGUGGACUGGUGCGCUGUGCUGUGUACCGCUGGCGUGGACCGGUGGGUUGAUUGGUGAGGAUGUAGAAGAUAACGGUGGGCUGCUGGAGGACGAGCUGGACAACCAGGAAAACAUUUUAACUCAGCUCCUGGGUGACUAUGAUAAGGUGAAGACGCUGUCGGUGGGGCCGGACUGUCGCUGUAGGUGUGUGGUCCGGCCGCUGAGCAGAAGUGCCUGCAGACGCAUCGAAGAGGGAAACGGAAAAGCCGAGGAUUUCUACACGGUGGAGACGGUGACGGACGGACCCAACUGCAAGAAGUGCGCCUGCAUCGCCCCUCCGUCCGCCCUCAACCCCUGCGAGGGGGACUUCAGGUUCAAGAAGCUGCAGGAGGCCGGCAGAGACGAUGUCAGGCUCUCUACCAUCAUGGACCUCCUGGAGGGGGCUUUAUAUGGGAUGGACCUACUGAAGCUCCACUCAGUGACCUCGAAACUCCUGGAGCGAGUGGAGAACAUCGAGAAGUCGGUGUCUGGAAACGUAACGAAAGAGAGAGAGAGUGUAAAAGCAGAGAAAGAGCUACAAAACCAGCACCGAGAGGAGAAGAAAAAGCGUCUGAAUGAUUUAGAAUCAUCGCUGCAGAAUAAAGUGGCUGCAGCAUUUUCACAUACAGAGAAGAAGUACGAGGAGAAGUUCGUAGGCAGCAGUCAGGACUCCGGCAGGCUCCUGAAGAGAAGUCAUACAGAGGAGAAACACAAACCAACAAAGGUUAAAACUGGACCUAAUGGGAUGAGCAUCAGGAGCAUGACCUUCUACAAAGCUGAUGCUGAUGAGGACGAGAACGGAGAACCAAAUGCAGAUGUGGAUGACAGUCCGAGUGGAGACGGUCCAGUGGAUUUAUUAAUAGACGAUCAGAUCCCCGAACAGCAGGACACGGUCCACACACCGUCCACCACGAGCCCUCGAACCACUGCGGCACCGAAUCCAACCCACGAGAGCACCACAGCUCAGCCAAACGUCACCAAACAGACCUGGAAGACUGAGAUGAUUUCAACCAGCACCGCAACACUGCUGUCUUCUACCAGCACCAGUACAACCACCAGCACAACCAGCACUGCACAGACAGCAGCCGCCAACCAAUCCGCAUUCAUCUCUCAUCCUCCCAAAGCUUCCAAAACUCAACACAACUCCACAACAGCGGUGAAGAAACUGAAGUCGCGUCUCACCUGGGAUGAAGAAUCUACCGCGAGCACUGCGGCGCCGAAGAGUCCCGGUGUUUGCAAGGACACGUUAGCUUCCAUCGGUGACCCUGUGACACACAACACCUACGGUCGCGAAGAAGGAGCCUGGAUGAAGGACCCAAAAGGGAACGGCAACGUCAUUUAUGUCACGAAUCACUACUUCGGCAGCACCCUGCUGGAAUUCCGGGAUAUGGAGUCGUUCAAGCAAGGUCGUCCCAGCAACUCGUACAAGCUCCCCUACAGCUACAUCGGAACCGGUCACGUGAUCUACAGCGGCGCCCUGUACUACAACCGCGCCUUCUCCCACGACAUCAUCAAAUACGACCUGCGCCUGCGCUACGUCCCGGCCUGGACCACCCUACACGACGCCAUCUUCGAGCACGAGGACAAGGAGGCGGCGUGGAGCUUCCGGGGACACUCGGACGUGGACUUCGCGGUGGACGAGAGCGGACUCUGGGUGGUCUAUCCCGCCCUGGACGAGGAGGGCUUCCACCAGGAGGUGAUCGUGCUGAGCAAGCUGAACGCCUUCGAUCUACACAGGGAGAACACGUGGAGGACGGGGCUGAGGAGGAACACGUACGGGAACAGCUUCGUCAUCUGCGGCGUGCUGUACGCCGUGGACAGUCACGAGCGCGCCAACGCCACCGUGUCGUACGCCUUCGACACGCACACGCACACGCAGAUGGUGCCGCAGCUGCCCUUCGUGAACAGCUACACCUACGCCACGCAGAUCGACUACAAUCCCAAGGAGCGCACGCUGUACGCCUGGGACAGAGGCCACCAAGUGACCUACAGCGUCAUAUUCGCUUAUUAAUUACUGUAUGGUGUUAGCGUGUGCUGAACAUCCAUGGGCGGAGCUUCAUUAUUUAAGUUGAAUUCAAUCCACCAAUCACAAC